AAACACCAACAAUGAAGAAACAGAGAAAUUACGGGGAAAAGGAAAACGACGACAUAAAGAAGUCAAGAGCUCCUGUCCUGCUCUGUUCCCAAUUCUGAUCCCUCCUUCGCCUCUGUUCUCGUUCCCCUUCCAUUGGAUUCGCCAUAGCCAGAGUAACCCAUCUUACAGGAGGGACAGGAGCUCGAGUUUCCGCGGUUCUGACCGUUUCUUGCCCACCGCCCUCCCCAAAAUCUCAGAUUUCUCUUUGCUUUCCCUUCGUGCCAUCUCCGAGCAGUCAUCAUGAACGAGAAGGCCAAUGUCUCCAAAGAGCAGAACGACAGGCACCGAAAGAUCCUUGAAGGACUUCUCAAAUUGCCAGAGAACAAGGAAUGCGCCGACUGUAAAGCUAAGGGUCCAAGAUGGGCCAGUGUGAACUUGGGCAUUUUCGUCUGCAUGCAGUGUUCUGGCAUCCAUAGAAGUCUUGGAGUCCACAUAUCCAAGGUCCGAUCUGCCACGUUGGAUACAUGGCUUCCCGAGCAAGUUGCGUUUAUUCAGUCUAUGGGAAACGAGAAAGCAAAUAGCUAUUGGGAAGCCGAACUACCUCCAAAUUAUGAUAGGGUCGGGAUUGAAAAUUUUAUCCGUGCAAAGUAUGAAGAGAAGCGGUGGGUUGCAAAGGAUGGGAAGUCAAAAUCACCAUCAAUAGUGCAGGAAGAGAAGACUUCUAAUUAUGUACCGAAAUCUGCUGUUACAAAUGCCCAUUCAUACACAAAUAGCUCGGAGAAUCUUUUCGAGGAAAGGAAGAAUGCCCUUCAAGCUGCAAGUACAAAAUCGACUAUUCCGGCUGGAAAAGUUAGUCUUCCUAGUCCCCCUAAAGGACCUGGACAGGUAACUCCUGUUGUAAAGCCUGCGGAGCCAGAACCAUCUGUGGAGCCCAUUGAAACUCCGGAACUGAUCACAGAUGCUGCACCAGCUGCUGCCUCUCCCCCAAAAGUUGAUUUUGCCACCGAUCUUUUUGGCAUGUUAUCGAUGGAUGGCCCUAGUGAAAAUGUGCCUGAGGCAGCUCCAACUGAUGAUUGGGCAGGUUUCCAGUCUGCUGGAGCAGCAUCAACAGCUGAGAAAGAGAAAUCUGGUUCUCCAGAGGCUGUUGAAAGCACUACCAGCCAAAAGACUUCUGAGAUCGAGGACCUCUUCAAGGACACAUCUACAGCGACCCCUGCUCCAGAGAAACCUCAGAAAGAUGUGAAAAAUGAUAUCAUGAGCCUAUUCGAGAAGUCCAACUCGGUGUCACCGUUUGCGAUGCAUCAGCAACAGCUGGCUAUGCUUGCACAGCAUCAGUCCCUUCUGAUGGCUGCUUCUGCAGCCAAAUCUGCUGGUGGAGACCCGAAAUCUACUGCCGGUUCUCAACAAGCCAUUUCUGCAAUGCAUCAGCAACAGCUGGCUAUGCUAGCACAGCAUCAGUCUCUUCUAAUGGCCGCUGCUUCAGCCAAAUCAGUGGGUGGAGAUGCAAAAUCUACUACCAGUUCUCAACAAACCGCUUCUAACAGUACGAACGUAGCUGCCAUGAAUUGGCCAAAUGUUGGAUAUCAGAUUCCAGGAAUGACGAUGCCUGUUAGUGGGCAAGUGGAUCUACAGCAACUUAUGCAGGGAAGGAGCAUGGCAACAUUAAAUCCCUCGGGGAGCUCCAUGCCAUAUCCAUCAUCAGGGUUGUACACACGGGGUCAGCCAGCGGCGUUUAAUGGUACGACGGGCGCCGGGGCAAGUAAACCGCAGACAUCCUCCCCAAUUACGUCAUCAUCUUCUUCUCCAACUAAGUCCGGAAAGGACUACGAUUUCUCGUCUUUGACUCAAGGAAUGUUCACGAAACAGUGAAAGACUGAUGAUACGAACUUACACACACAGUCGCCUUGAGGGAGUCUCUCUCUCGCACUCGGGAGUUGUACAUUUCGGGCAGCUAUAUUUGUACCAUCGAUAGGCUUCAGAGGGGAAUAAGAAUGUAUUUGGGAUUGAAAUGGGAUUAUUUCUACAUGCCUUCUUUAGAUUAAAAUUUUCAUUUUUAUUUUGCUAAAUGAUUCUCUGUACUUGAAUAUACCAUUUUUUUGGAGUUUACUAUGAUUCGGUAGUGUAAUGAGCCACGGUCGCGGAUUUUGUUUUAAGAA